CGCCAAUUUAUUACAGGGCGAGCAAUUCUAUUGUUACUUUUUUCUGCGCAACGAAUGAGGGCAACUCGAUCCCGAUCCCAGGGGCUCGGCGGCCAAUUGAUGGUUGGUGUCGCUUACUUUUGGCGCCUGUCCGCGAGGCAGAUUUGUCGCUCCGCCUUUGAGCAGCCUUGCUUUUUAUACAUGCAUCCAUGCCCAACUCUGGCUCUGUACUGUACAGUAUUCAGGCAGCCGAGCAACUCUACUCUGUUCUCGGAAAUGUACGGGUUUGGCCUACCCCCGAGUCACUCAACUCUGGUCGAAUCGAAUCGCAAAACAUUUCAGGCGCCGACAGCCUGACUUGUUUUCCCUCGUCGUGUAUAAGACAUCUGUUGGAAGCUUGCAACUCUAUGCGCGAGUCCACAUGGUUCUACAUCAUGAAAAAAAAAGGGUUCAAUUGACCAGCCUCAUCCACUAACAACGCCUUCCUCGGACUUGUGCCCUUUCACUGCUGUCUGUCUGUUCGAAGCUUUGUGCUGUUCUGAACGGUCAAUAAAAUGUCGGUCCGUCAGUGCACUUCGACAACCAAGCGCAUUGGCGAUCCCAACACCCCAAUCAAUUUAACUGGCGCCCGGCUACCUUUUUUCAAAAGCUGGGGCAGGUCCUUGCCAUGUUGGACAAUGAUUACUACUGCAUUCCUCCUGAUGGUGGAUCAGAGGGAUGCUGUUGGCGGUAAAAAUGUCACUAUGACGAUUUUCAUAAUUGCGGCGGCGGUAUUCCAUCUGCUCCAUAUCGGGACGCUCCUACGCAGCGUCUUUCUGUUUCAACCGGAGAAUUUGCGGGCAUUAUCUGCUUCACUGGUACCAAUGCUGGUCGUGGUUCUUGAUCUGGCCGUGCUCACUGUUCCAGAGCUGCACCAGGGACACCGUCGGACCAUGGCGAUGGAGGAAUCAAAGGCCCUGACUCUCUCCACUCAACCACUACAAACAAAACCCGAUUUUCUCCUUGGAACUUCACCAUUGGUCUUCGGGAUGGCAGGACCAUUGUCCCGUUGUUCCACCUACUCUAGCAGUCUGGAGUCCAUCAGCCUUGAUGAGUGUACUCUGUCCAGGGCCCGGACAGAAUGGGACUUUGAAACCAGGUCCUUUUUCCAGUACCAAAACAGCAUCAGUGCCGAUGAUGAAACGGAGCCUCAUCGCCCAGCCUGGGCGUGCUUGAUUGGAAGUCUCACCGAGACCACGGCCAAUACUCCUUCUGGGACCGAAACGGACAGAGCCGGGCCGUUGAGGAUUGAUUUGGACUCUUGGGACCAGUGGAACUCCGACUUGGCGAGUAUCUGGUGA